AUGUCAGCAUGGCAUCUAGUACCGAGCACUCGACUGCUAGACGACCUGCUACGCUGCCGUACCCCGUCCUCCUGCUCCGUCGCUGCGCGGCCACCACCCCCGCCAACCACGACACACUUCCUGCUACCCACACCCACGCACACCACGCUCACUCACCACACUCCACGCUCACCACACACCACCACUCGCUGCCGCCGGCUCGCUGCCCUGGCCCAGACGUCGACGGCGGGUCCCCCCCCCUCCCCCCCCCCAAAGUCGCUCCGCCACGGCUCACUAAGAGCCAGCGGCAGGGGUCAUGUCAUGCUGCGCUUUCCUUCCGUCACCCCGGCCGCAGACGCAUCCGCACGCAUCGGCCAGCUGCCCGCGAUGAUGGGUCCAGGCCCCCACUGCGUUGACGGCACUCGCCACCGCAGAGUCCGUAACGGCAACGACGACGACGGCACCGACGACGGCACCAACGACGACUGCCAAUUCACCCACUGCCAUCCCGAAAUCAUGGGCUCCUUUGCGCAAACCCAAUGGCCGGCCUGGGCGUACGCGGGGCUCGAGGACCCCUUCUCGCCAUUCCAGCAGCCUCAGCCGCAGCCGCCGCCCCAGCAGUACUCGGCCUACCCGCCCUACCUCGCCGAGUCGAUAGACGGCUACCAGGCCCAUCCCAACCGCCCCCUCGUCCACCACCAGCUGUCGAGGACGACCGAGUCGAAGCCUCGUCUCUCCAAGGAGGAGGUCGAGGUUCUCGAGGCCGAAUUCCAGAAGAACCACAAGCCGAGCAGCAGUACGAAAAAGGCUCUCGCCGAGUCCAUGCGAGUCGACAACGCUCGCAUCAACAAUUGGUUCCAGAACCGCCGCGCGAGGGAGAAGAAGGAAAACAACAUUCGCGAGUACGAAGCGAAGCAGCGGCUGGAAAAGGAAAAGGCCGAGGCCGACCCGGCGUGCCGGACCGACGAUGCCCGCCAGCGUGACCUUGUCGCCUCCAGCGCGCCCUUCCCCGAGCCUCGGAGCGCCGUCAAGGUCGAAGCCGAGGCGGCCCUGUCCCCGUCAGUCGUCGCCUCCCCCCUCUCCUCCGUCCAGGACACGGCCUCCGACGGCUCCCCCCUGCCCGUCCACCUCCCCGCCGUCCACGGCAGCUUCAGCAGCUCGGACGCCUCCUCCACCGUCGACUCGGACCACGACAACGACGUCUCGUCCGCCUCGCUCGACCUCUCGGAGCCCGCCGACUACCUCCUCCGAACCCACACCGACUGCGUCGGCGCUUCGGUCCGGCCCGAGGAGCUCAAGUCGCCCGAGGAGCUCUACAGCAGCUACCGAAGCUUCAUGGAGGAAGCCUUUUCCUCGUCGGCCCCCGCGCCCCACCAGUCGCCCCUGGCCGACGAGGCCGCGCCCAAGUCCCCUCCUCCUCAUCCUCAGUCCAGCGACAUCGCCGCCCGACGAAACCGCCGACCUCCCCCCCUCGCCAUCGCUGGCGGCCGCAGCUACUCGUCCUACAUGCCCAGGACGCGCACGGCAACCGACUUCGACCGGAAGCUGGACCGUGCCAGCCCCAUGCGUCGCGUCGCCUCGGCCACCGGAGCCUCGGUUCGCGUCAAAAAGACCAUCUCGACGCCGAGGAGCCCCCAUUUCGACGCCGCCUUCACCGCCCGGGACUCGCCCAGCACCGUCGGCACCGCCGCCACCGGAGCGCCGCCGACGCCCGACACGCCCAUCAACUUCCACCAGUCGGCCCUCGUCGACGAGGCGGUGCCCUUUUCCAUCGACGCCAAGUACAUGGCGGCCGAGAUGGCCCUCCAGGACCCGACGCUGCGUACGCCGCCCACGACGCCCGGCUUCAUGGACGGCCUCUUCCACAUGGGCUCCGCCUACGGCAUGCCCAUUUCGGAGGAGACGCUGAUCGCGCCCCGCGUCGGCGACCUUCCCGCCGCCACCUUCCACCCGUCGCCCAUGGCCGACGGCGUCCAGGCCUUUGUCGGCGACGCGCCCUGCCAGACGCCUUCCUCCCUCCUACCCGUGCAGAUGGGCUCCUCCUACUUCAACUUCUUGGGAAACACCGGCUACGACUGGUCCGAGGCGUCCGUCUCGACCGGAUCGUCCCCCGUGUCUCAAUCGAGGCACGGCGACGGGUACAUGGUCGUGGCCGCCGCGAGAUUCGACGCCCUCGAGUGA